AAUUUCUCAAUGAAUUACAAAAUCACCCCCGCCGCUGAAGUCCCCAACGGUUCUGAUUUCUGGGGCGCAUUCCUUCCAAGCAUAAGCCAUCACAGGUCUGACCGUCACUCGCCUUUCUCCCCCUCGUCUCCUGAUUCAAAACCCUAAUCUGUUGGAACGCAUUCGAUUCCAUUUCAUUUAGGUCUCCGACGAGACAGAUAUACCUAUCGAUCGACCGACCGCGAUGUCAGGAAGCGGUGUGGUGACAGUAUACAGCAACGAUUCGGCCCUCACCGACCCGAAAAAAUCCAUUUCCUUUUCGGUGAAGGUUGGCCUCGCGCAGAUGCUCCGCGGCGGCGUUAUCAUGGAUGUCGUAAACGCCGAGCAGGCGCGCGUCGCCGAAGAAGCCGGAGCCUGCGCGGUCAUGGCGCUUGAACGCGUCCCAGCUGACAUCCGCGCUCAGGGCGGUGUUGCCCGCAUGAGCGACCCCGGCCUCAUCAAGGAGAUAAAGCAGGCGGUCACCAUUCCGGUCAUGGCCAAAGCCCGAAUUGGCCACUUCGUUGAGGCCCAAAUUCUUGAAGCCAUCGGCGUUGAUUACGUCGACGAGAGCGAGGUGCUUACCCCUGCAGACGACUACCACCACAUCAACAAGCACAACUUUCGCGUCCCUUUUGUCUGCGGUUGCCGGGACCUAGGCGAGGCCCUCCGCCGCAUACGUGAGGGCGCUGCUAUGAUCCGCACGAAGGGAGAGGCUGGUACGGGAAACGUCGUCGAAGCCGUCCGCCAUGUCCGUUCUGUUUUGGGUGAGAUCCGAGCCCUCCGCAAUAUGGAUGAUGACGAGGUCUUCUCUUUCGCCAAGCGGAUUGCUGCUCCAUACGACCUCGUGAUGCAGACCAAGCAGCUCGGUCGGCUUCCGGUUGUCAAUUUUGCGGCUGGGGGCGUUGCGACCCCGGCGGACGCUGCUCUCAUGAUGCAACUUGGCUGCGACGGCGUGUUCGUGGGGUCUGGGAUAUUCAAGAGUGGCGACCCUGCACGCCGGGCCAGGGCGAUUGUGCAGGCUGUCACCCAUUUCUCGGACCCAGAGAUCCUGGCUGAUAUCAGCUGCGACCUGGGGGAGGCCAUGGUCGGUAUCAAUCUUAACGACCCAAAGUUCGAGAGGUUUGCUGCUCGCUCUGAAUAGAAGAAAGGUUGCAAGUUCUUCCCUUGAGUUUUGUUCGCAUGGCUUCCAUUAGUAUUGCUCGUGUAAGGAAAGCUCUAGCUAUGUGAAUGGUAUUACGGCAAACUGGUAUUUUGUUUGCAUCAGUCUUUUAUCUUUAAUAUGGGAAGCUCAUUGUACACAUUUUUUACUAGUACUACAAGGAUGAAACUCAUGUAAUAAUCUGCAAUUUUUGCAAAUCCUCAUUGAGAAAAUGCUUUUUGGC